GGCUGAGUGGUUUGCUCCUUCCCCUCUCUCUGGGAGGCUGAGCAGGCCAUGGGCGUCACACCUGUUAUUGCUGCCUCUGAUUUGUGUGACACUGAGAAGCCCACAGACCUGUCCCUCCAACUGGGUGGACCCUCUCUGUGUGCAUUUGGUGCGUGAGCCGGCUCUGAGAAGGGUUCAGAAGCCACCGGAGGUUCCCGGGGACCUCAGUUUCCAUGCCAUCGCUGCCUCACUCCCACAGGGUGAUGUUGGACUCGGUGACACACAGCACCUUCCUGCCUAACGCAUCCUUCUGCGAUCCCCUGAUGUCGUGGACUGAUCUGUUCAGCAAUGAAGAGUAUUACCCCACCUUUGAGCAUCAGACAGCCUGUGACUCGUACUGGACGUCAGUCCACCCUGAAUACUGGACUAAGCGCCAUGUGUGGGAGUGGCUUCAGUUCUGCUGCGAUCAGUACAAGCUGGACACCAAUUGCAUCUCCUUCUGCCACUUCAACGUCAGCGGCCUGCAGCUGUGCAGCAUGACGCAGGAGGAGUUCGUCGAGGCGGCCGGCCUCUGCGGGGAGUACCUGUACUUCAUCCUUCAGAACAUCCGCACACAAGGUUACUCCUUUUUUAAUGACGCUGAAGAGAGCAAGGCCACCAUCAAAGACUAUGCCGAUUCCAACUGCUUGAAAACAAGUGGCCUCAAAAGUCAAGACUGUCACAGUCAUAGUAGAACAAGCCUCCAAAGUUCUCAUCUAUGGGAAUUUGUGCGAGAUCUACUUCUAUCUCCUGAAGAAAACUGUGGAAUUCUGGAAUGGGAAGAUAGGGAACAAGGAAUUUUUCGGGUGGUUAAAUCAGAAGCCCUGGCAAAGAUGUGGGGACAAAGGAAGAAAAAUGACAGAAUGACAUAUGAAAAGUUGAGCAGAGCCCUGAGAUACUACUAUAAAACGGGAAUUUUGGAGCGGGUCGACCGAAGGUUAGUGUACAAAUUUGGAAAAAAUGCACACGGGUGGCAGGAAGACAAGCUAUGAUCUGCUCCAGGCAUCCAGCUCAUUUUACGGAUUUCUGUCCUUUAAAACAAUCAGAUUUCCAUAGACUUUGGAAAGGCUUCUUUUUCUUUUCUUUUCUUUUUUUUUACUUGCAAACGUGCUGAUAAAAUUUCUCCACAUCUCAGCUUACAUUUGGAUUCAGAGUUGCUGUCUACCAGCGGGUGACAGUGGCAACUCGUAAGAAAUCCUUUCUUCCCCGUAAGGGGAUGAGGGGAUGAUCUUUUGUGGUGCCUUGAUCAAACAUUAUUUUCCUAGAGUUGUGGAACAGUGACAGCCAAUGCCAUUGGUGCUGAUCAGAGAAAAAUGAUUCAAUGCUGCCAUUGGAGACACAUCCAAUACUCCCAUCCCAAAGGUUCAAAAGUUUUCAAAUAGGUAACUGUGGCAGCUCACCAAAGGCAGGGGAAAGCAUGAUUAGUUUGCAGGUUAUGGUAGGAGAGGGUGAGAUAUAAUGCAUACAUACUUUAGAUUUUAAAUUAUUAUAGCCAAAAAUCCAUAGAAAAU